CCGCGCCGACUUCCGCUUCCGGCCGGUCGGGGCGCGGCGCGGCAGCUCGGCGGCGUCUCGAGCCGCUCUCGCUCCGCGUCCGUCCGUCGGGGUCGCGCUUCUGCGCCUUCCCGAGUCAGCUCCCGCCGCAGCCCGGCCCGGGGCUGACGCAGCGCCGAGUCGGCAGCCCGUGGACAAAGAAAGACUGGCGUUGGGAGCCGGAGUCAUGGCAGCGACCCCCGGCAGCCCCUCGUCGCCGCCGCCCCAGGACCCGGAAGGCGCCGCGCCCGGCCCGCGCCCGGAGCGGGACCCUGAGGGCGCGCUGACCGUCCCCGGGCCGCCCAGCCCCAGCGCCGCGCCGCCCGAAGCCAUCCCGCCGCCUCCCGCCGCGGCCGCAGCCGUCGGGGCCGCGCCGCGCCCCCCGCCGAACCCGCAGAGCCCCGCCGCCUCCCGCCUCGGGCCCGAGACGUUCCGCCAGCGCUUCCGCCAGUUCCGCUACCAGGACGCGGCGGGGCCGCGGGAGGCGUUCCGGCAGCUGCGGGAGCUCUCCCGCCAGUGGCUGCGGCCCGACAUCCGCACCAAGGAGCAGAUCGUGGAGAUGCUGGUGCAGGAGCAGUUGCUCGCCAUCCUGCCCGAGGCGGCGCGGGCCCGGCGGCCGCGUCGCCGCACCGACGUGCGCAUCACCGGCUGAGCUUGCUGGGCCGGCGAGCUGCAGCCACCGGCGCGGGGCGCGCCGCGGGGACCGGGGGACACCGAGUUGGGGGCACCUCCUGCGCGGCGGCGUGCCCCUCCCGCAGACCCGUGACUGUCCUCGCCCCGCUUAUUCCCCGAGCCCUUUUUUAGGGCGCUUUCCGGCCCGAUGGCGAAACCGUUAAGAGCCCAUGAGAAUUAAAAAAAACCUGUUUCCUCUG